UGAGCGGGUGUUACUGAACAUACAGUGAGUGUUAGUAAGAGCCAGUGAGACAUCUGUAUUAAACCACAGGCUCAUUUAAAGAGAGCUUUGCUUAACAUAUAGCAAUCAAAGCAUACAAGUUGCACUAGUUAAGCUCACCUGAAGACUGAAAGCAUCGCUGAGAGUGAGACAUGGACUGUCACAAUGAGGAGUGCAGCCGGCCCCAGGAGGAGGAGGACAUCAUGGACAUCCCACUGGACGACCCAGAGGCCAACAGGGCUGCUGCAAAGAUCCAGGCUGGUUUCCGUGGCCACAUGACCCGCAAGAAGAUGAAGCCCGAGGACAAAGCGGAAGGGGAGGAGGUGAGCAGCACCGAGGGAUGUGCUCAAAGGCAGCGAGGUCAGACAGGUCACACAGAGACAGGAGGAUCGGGGGCAGUAGAGAGAGACGACACAUCUGUGCCAGAGCAGUGACGCCCCUGUUCUGACCUGGAUGGAGAGAAAGAGGCGAAGCAAAGUAGCGGGGGAUGGCUGGCAUGGGCUGGAUUGGAAUGGCUUUCAGUCACACCUUUUUACCCCGGAAGUCCUUUACCUUUCUUUUUUUUUAACAACGCACACUAGCAGUAGGAAAUGAACCGAGAGUUUUCAGGGUGUGUUGUGUAAAUUUUGUGAACACUCCUUCUCUUCUUCUUCAGUCUCAGCGGUGCGGAUGUCUUUGACCCAGAAUUUGCAACUCACUGCAUGUACUUGUGAAACUUCUGGUAGUGUGCUAGUUUUUAGGUGAUGAUCUGUGAAUGUCCUCUAAAUGCUAAACCGGGCUUUUUUGGGAUGGAUCAGCUCAUGCCAUCUGUGUAUAAAUCUUGUAUGCAUCAUAAUUAGAAUUAGACUUUGAGAAUUUUGUGUCUUAAAUAAUGUAUUUUGCAUGGUUUACAAAGUGCUUGUAUGUUGACUAUCAUUUACCCAUUUAACUUGCUAACUUAUUAAAAAAUAUGUAUCUUCUAUUUAUUCUAAGACAUGUCAUACAGACCUCGAUUAUCUUUUUCAAAGAAUAAGAAGGUUUUCUUUUCACCGCUUCAAACAUUUUCUAUAAAUCUGAUCUUCCGGAAGUAGGCAUGCAGUGAUUCAACUUUUUUUCCAGAUGCAUUUGGUAGAGCUUUACUUCAUGAGACAUUGCUUCAUAUGUGCUGUUGUUAUGUUCGACUUGUUUGACAUGUUGAAUCAGGUAUUUGAAAUCAUUUUAUCAAAGUCGACCCAGCUGUCUUUCUUGAAAACUAUUUUAUUAGUACUGAACUUUGCUGUGGAGUCCUGUCAUUACACAAAUAAAUCCACCUGAAAAAUA